UUCAAAACAAAGCUCUUGUUGACACUAAAUAUAGAAAUGGGGUAAUACCCUCGAUUUCUUAGAAUUCUUGUUUUCCGUGGAGCAACUUGAUUGGCUAGAAGUUUCACACAAUAAUGAGCACAGCUAAUGAAAGAACUCGAUGUUCGUCGAUACAGCAAGCAUCACAGUUGUAUUUGCUUUCAAAACAGUCUUCGCGAGAAAGUAGAAAGGAAAACGAUUUCCAACCGUACUAGCACAUAACAGUUUACAGCCGCAUUGUUUAUAGGUAUAACAAGAAACUACAAGAUGAAGUUACAGCCGAUGGAGAUUAAAGACAUGAAAAAACUGUGCUUUGCAGUGAUCGGCGUUAUCGUGAUCAUCGUGGUUAUUAUAGCAGCGAUUCUAUCAGCCCAUGGCUCACAUCCUAACUCUGCAAAAUGUAAAGGCUAUAGAUACUUCAGCAUGCCGACUGACCACAAGGGGUCAUUUAAAGGCGAUGGUCAAAUGUGCAGCGAAACUGAUGAAUGUUCUGCAGGAAACCACACAUGUGACAAAAAUGCCAAAUGCAACAACACCAUCGGCUCGUACCAUUGCACAUGCAAUCCAGGGUUCAGCGGAGAUGGAAGAAAUUGUACCGACAUUGAUGAAUGUGUAACAGGGAACCACACAUGUGACAAGAACGCCAAAUGCAACAACAUCAUUGGCUCGUACCAUUGCAUGUGCAAUCCAGGGUUCAGCAAAGAUGGGAGAGAAUGUACCGACAUUGAUGAAUGUGUAACAGGGGACCACACAUGUGACAAGAACGCCAGAUGCAACAACAUCAUUGGAUCGUACCAUUGCAUGUGCAAUCCAGGGUUUAGUGGAGAUGGAAGAAAUUGUACCGACAUUGAUGAAUGUGUAACUGGGGACCACACAUGUGACAAGAACGCCAGAUGCGGCAACAUCAUUGGCUCACACCAUUGCAUAUGCAAUCCAGGGUUUAGCGGAGAUGGAAAAAAUUGUACCGACAUUGAUGAAUGUGUAACUGGGGACCACACAUGUGACAAGAACGCCAAAUGCAACAACACCAUUGGCUCACACCAUUGUAUGUGCAAUCCAGGGUUCAGCGGAGAUGGAAGAGAAUGUACCGACAUUGAUGAAUGUGUAACUGGGGACCACACAUGUGACAAGAAUGCCAAAUGCAACAACAUCAUUGGCUCGUACCAUUGCACAUGCAAUCCAGGGUUCAGCGGAGAUGGGAGAGAAUGUACCGACAUUGAUGAAUGUGUAACUGGGGACCACACAUGUGACAAGAACGCCAGAUGUAACAACACCAUUGGCUCGUACCAUUGCACAUGCAAUCCAGGGUUCAGUGGAGAUGGGAGAGAAUGUACCGACAUUGAUGAAUGUGUAACAGGGGACCACACAUGUGACAAGAACGCCAGAUGCAACAACACCAUUGGAUCGUACCAUUGCAGAUGCAAUCCAGGGUUCAGCGGAGAUGGAAGAGAAUGUACCGACAUUGAUGAAUGUGUAACUGGGGACCACACAUGUGACAAGAACGCCAGAUGUAACAACACCAUUGGCUCGUACCAUUGCACAUGCAAUCCAGGGUUCAGCGGAGAUGGGAGAGAAUGUACCGACAUGGAUGAAUGUGUAACUGGGGACCACACAUGUGACAAGAACGCCAAAUGCAACAACAUCAUUGGCUCACACCAUUGCACAUGCAAUCCAGGGUUCAGCGGAGAUGGGAGAGAAUGUAUAGACAUUGAUGAAUGUGUAACAGGGGACCACACAUGUGACAAGAACGCCAAAUGCAACAACAUCGUUGGCUCACACCAUUGCACAUGCAAUCCUGGGUUUAGCGGAAAUGGGAGAGAAUGUACCGACAUUGAUGAAUGUGGAACUGGGGACCACACAUGUGACAAAAACGCCAGAUGCAACAACACCAUUGGCUCAUAUGAUUGCAUGUGCAUGUCUGGUUUCUAUGGUAACAGCACUCGUUGUCGUGAUAUUGAUGAGUGUAAAAAAGAGAAACAUCACUGCAGUCCUCAUGCGAUAUGUUAUAACACACUUGGGUCGUUUAAAUGUUCUUGCAAAGAUGGAUUUCGUGGUAACGGCGUAACUUGCAAUGGAGGAAGAACUCUUUCUGCUCCUCAUCUCAUGACGUUUGUGCUUGGGGCCAUAGUGACAUUGAGGGCUUGGUCAAUCUAGCGUAGUCCAGCACAGCGAAUAGGGAGUGACAAUCAUCGAUAUCAGAAAGGGGGAGGGAAUCAACGUUUUGUUGGAGAACCCCCCUCCUCCGACCAUUUAAUCUAAUAAAAAAUGGUUCUGAAUAAAAAUUAUGUAAAAAGUA